CCAUUUCUGCUCUCAACAAAGCUCAUUUUGGUAUCUUUGGAGUGCAGGGUUUUGGAAAGAGGGGCGUGGCUAAUUCAGCGGCUCAGUCUCGAGGUAGUAGAGCGGCUGAAAUCACUUACAGCACCUUUAAAUGAACAAAUGACAAUAAAUCAAAGUAAUCUGUUCAGGAAUCAAAAUACUUUUUGAAUGUAACUGUAUUCUGAUUAACAACUUUUUAAAUUGUAACUGUAGUGGAAUACAUUUACUAAUAUAUUGUAUUUUAAAUACGUAAUCCCGUUACAUGUAUUCCAUUACCCAACCCUAUAUAUAUAUAUACUGUAUAUAGUGCUGGGUGGAUUACUUGUGAAUUGUAAUCAGGUACUGAAACUGCAUGACAAAAUAUGCAAUCAGCAAUCAUGCAGUCAUCUCAUAGAUUACAUUUUGGGUAAUAUAAUCAGAUUACUUUCGGAUUACUUUCAACCUAAUUCUAUUUUAUGUCAUGCAUUUGAGAAGGAUAAUCAUUUUAUGGACAAAGUUUAGAAUUCAAAACCCUGAGACAACCAUUAAUUUUAAGUGCAUAAAACAAUAGCAGCAUAACGAACAUUAUUGACCAUAAAAUCAACAUAAAACAAUCAUAAAAUUAUCAAAAAUUAAUGACCAUAAAAUCAACAUAAAAUGAUAAUAAAAUGAACGAAAAAUUAAUGACCAUAAAAUCAACAGCAUCGAUAAUGCCUAGGCCAAAGCUUUCAUCUAAAAACGCUGCAACACUUUUAACCUUACUGCUUACUGACAGUCCAUCACCUAUUCCAGAGCUGAGGUGCAAGAUAUUAUCUUUUGAACAGCAAGAAUAUUCUAAAAGAGCAGCAUAUUUUAAAACAGCAGAGUUCCACAGAGUCAUACCAGGAACAACUGUGUCAAGUUUUAUGUCCAGUUUCAUGCAGUGGACUCCAACAGUAGAGUGAUGUGUUGUGUUAUGUUUAAUGUCUGUAAGGAGAAUAGAAGAGUUAUUUUUGGUAUUUCAUAUUUAUAUUCUUAUAUUAGUAUUUAUCAAAACAAUAAAAAAUAAAAAUAAAAAAACGACACCUUUGCUGUUCACGACCAUAGGAAAUGAAUGGGAGACAGAGCCAUUUGUUUUAGAAAAAGGCUUUUCUUUGUCUUUAGUUUAAUCACCAUGGCCUGGUUUUAAAGUAAACAUACAGUAAUGUCACAUUAUAUUAAAACAAUUAAAAAAAAUUGCCAAACUUUGACAAACAAUAGUUUAAAAAUUUCCCUAAAUCCUAAUGCAUAACUUGUGAUAAUCAAAAAUGAAAUUAAAAUAAAUACAAAAUUAAGUUACACCUGUACUGUUUCCGGUCAAAAAUGACCGCGAACAGCAAAGGUGUCGACCUUUAUUGAACAACCUAGGAGAGUUAAAUAACCUCUUUAUUAACAUGGUUAAAAGUGUCCAUUCUUAAUCUUCAUUUUUGGGAGUCUAGGUCAUGUACACAGGCUUAGUGAAGCGGUUACAGUUCAUAGUUAUGUCUAAGAGGAAGGUCAAACAGCUGGUUAGAUACUGUUCUGUAUCAGCCAUUAUUGUUGUGUGGAGGGGGUGUUGUUAUUUGUAUUCUUGAUACUAAUGAUUGAGUAGUCAUGUGUGGCCUGCAAAGUGUGUGUGUGUGUGUGUUGCAGUUAACCUCAUGCUGCAUCAUCAUCACUGUCCCAGUACAUUCUCGCCUCCCUCUCACAGUAUGGAAACAUUCUCUCUCGUUUAUCUCGGGUCACAUCCCGCACAGCAUCAUGGCGUUUGAGGGUGGGGGGCGGAGCUGUGGUGUUCACGAACUCAUUUGUGCUAGAAGAGUAUCUCCUGAACUGCUAGGCAUCCUGUCCUCCAUUGCUGUCUUUAUGGGCUUGAUCGCUUUCUUUUUUCUUUACCUCAGCAGCAAGCUGUCAGUGGAGAGCCCAAGCAGUGAUCUGUCUUGUUUUGAAGGUUUUAACAAGGAUUUGCAAGAAUUUGCAGUAAGUUACAGUAGCAGACACACCAAGGGCAGAAAGCAAUGGCGUUCUUCAAGAGCUUCCAACAGAGCCUCCCUUCAGUCAGUUCUCUCCUGGACUCUGUCUCAAACACCGUCUCUACUGCCGUGGACGAUUUGUCCACAGCUGUGAGUGACGUCACCUACACAGUUAGUGACCAACUAACAGAGCAGGUCAAUACAAUCAUCAACAAAGUACAGGCCGAAGAGGAUGAUAAAUCCAGGAAAGAGGAGGCUGGAGGUGAUGAAGUCCAAAAAGAGAGGAGAAACAGCAAGCUGAAGCGUCAGGAGACAGAAGCUUAUGACCUAGGGACUGACGGAGAAGGGCGAAAGAGCCGAAAGUCAAAGAAGAAUUCGAUGUGGACUAUGGAAAUAGAUGAAGAGGAAUUACAGAGAGAGAGAGAAAGGCAAGAGGAAGCCAGAAGAUCUGAGGAGGAGGAAUGGGAGUGGUGUUACGCCCCCUCUAAAGGUUGGUAUCGUAAAAAAAAGGACACAAACCAACCACAAGGCACAUCUCAGUCCUCAGACAACCAGAAAGGCAAUGGUGACCAAGCAUCAAAAGAGGCAGAGCCUGCCACUCAGAAAGAGAAUGCCUUCUCACAUGGCAAGCACAAGAAUGAAGGUGACAACCACGAUGGAAGCGUUAAUGCGAUGCACACAGGUAGUGGUCAAGAUGAGCAGGACUCUAUCGAAAUGUCUAGUGGUCCAAAUACAUCAAAAGCAGAGUAUGAAAAGAAUGGAGAGCACAAUGUUGAGGAAGAUGACACCCGAGCUAUAAGCAGGGGGAAAAAUGGAAAUGAAGCAUCAUAUGAGGAAAGUAAAAGAUCAAGGUCUUCACCUAAAAAAGAGGAAGAAGAUAAUGGGUGCUCAUCAAGAGUCAAACUAAAUAAGAAGAAAGGAAAAGUUAACAGUGAUGAAGACCAGGAGGAGGACACUCAGGAAAAGAACUCAAAGUCAAUUUCAAAACCAAAGAAGGGCAAAGAAGGUAAAGAUGGUGGUUGCCCAGAGAGAAGAUCAUCUGAGAGUGAGGACGAGACACCAAAAAGACACAAAGACUCGCCCUCCCAACAGCAGAGAAGUGGGUGGAGAAACAGAGAUGCUGAGAAUGACGACUGCAGCAGUGACACCUCAGUCGAUCAUGUGAAAAAGAAAAAAGGUUCAAGUUCCCUGAAUGAGCUUCAGCCUCCACCGUACAGGGACAAAGACGAUUUAAAACGUGGUUCACGGGGCCGCAGUGACUCAGCAGUGGGCAGUGAGGUCAGCGAGGGCAGUGUAGACCCCGAAGACACAGAGAGUUACAUGAAUAAGGAGUAUGAGGAGGACGCACCCAGUGACAGCACGGCUGUUUUGGGCCCGGAGGACAGCUUAAUCCCACCCCUUCCAGAAACAUAUGAACCAGAGGUAUUGGGGAAAUACGGUACGCUUGACGUGGCAUUCGAGUAUGACCCUGGCGAACAGCGGCUUGCGGUAACGGUGACUGCCGCCACGGAUAUUCCAACCCUCAAGAGCACGGGGAACAUUUCCUGGCAGGUGCACCUGGUUCUACUGCCCACCAAGAAGCAGAGGGCCAAGACAGGAGUGCAGAGGGGACCCUGUCCCAUCUUCACAGAAACCUUCCGCUUCUCGUGUGUAGAACAGGAGGCCUUGUGUGAUUAUGCUGUCCGAUUCCGUCUCUACAGUGUGCGGCGUAUGAAGAAGGAGAAGGUUUUAGGGGAGAAGGUGUUCUACCUCACCAAACUCAACCUACAGGGGAAGCUGGCUCUUCCUGUCACACUGGAGCCUGGCACAGCAGUCCCGGGCUGUGGGUCAAUAGUGAGUGUCUCUCGUAGUGCAGGAGCUCUAUCGCACCGCUCCACUGGUGAAUCCUCCAUUCCAGAACUCCUGCUCGGCCUCCUCUAUAACUCCACCACAGGCAGACUCUCCGCCGAGGUCAUUAAGGGCUCCCAUUUUAAGAACUCUGCCACCGAUAAACCGGCCAUUGGCCUGUUUUGUUGUAUAAAACACUUCUUUAGUGGUCAACUGUAUAUCAUGAGAGAUACCUAUGUGAAGUUGACAAUGCUGGAUUCCAAAGGGAAAGAGAUGUCCAAGUGUAAGACUUCAGUAUGCCGUGGUCAGCCCAACCCCACCUACAAAGAGACAUUUGUAUUCCAGGUGGCACUGUUCCAGCUGUCUGAGGUUACCCUGCAGGUGUCGGUGUACAGCCGACGGAGCAGCAUGAAGAGGAGAGAACGGGUUGGCUGGGUCGCUCUGGGCCUCAACAGCACCGCAGAGGAACAAGAGGAACAUUGGACCCAGAUGAAAGAAUCAGAGGGACAGCAGGUCUGCCAGUGGCACACUCUCCUUGUCUCAUGAGGGGGAGCUGAGAUAACACUAUUAAAAAGACCAGCUUAGACCAGUGUGAAUUUCCAGGCUGCUUUAUGCUGAUUAGUGCUUGUUUGGUGAUGGUCUAGCUUAGGGGUCGGCAACCUAGGGUGGGUUAAUCACUGACAUGCCAUUAACAACGAGAGAGAGGAGUAUGUAUUUUAUUUAUAUGAAGUCCCUUGCACCUGCACGUGGCAUGCCAAUCUACCACUUGUUCUAAACCGUCAUAAUCACGCAGCACGUUUAUUUAUUUAUGAGCUGAAUGGGAAGCUAAACACUAUUCAACUGUGACGAAACCAUGCUAGUCAACAACAGAUACAAACCAUUUCACGAGCCGCUGAUAUCACAGCGCAGCUUUUUGCUUCGCUUUCUGUGAGUCGUGCAAGUAAACAUGUCUGCUUCGGUCACAUAUAGCAGAUGACACCCUAUAUUUUCUUGCUUUAUUCCCUUUUUUUCAUUUUGCAACACAUGGUGUAUAUAAGAAAACACUGUUAUCAAUGUUUGAAAUGUUCAUCUAAGCAUGUCAGCUCCUUAAACUACAAUGACAGUGACUUUCAGACUACAUAAUUAAGGAAAAAAGGCAAACACUAAAACACACAUAGCGGAGUUCAAAAGUAAAAAUGAAUUGCGCCCGUUAAAAGUGCCGGUUAUUUGCACGCCUUGUCUGUACUAGUUUAGCGGCGGAUUCACUAAAGUAAUUAUGCAGAUCAGGCAACGUCGCAAAUGCACCCACAAAAUCUGUGCUGUGCGCAAUUUGCAAGUGCAAUUCCAAUCUUGAGGGCUGAUUCUUAGCGCUAUAUAGCGGAGAAUGCAGCGGACCACCGUUAUCUGAGUCAUCUCUUUAACAUAACGAAAUUGUGCUUGACUACACCGCACAUCUGGAAAUAUGCCAGGUUAUAAUGCUGUUCUCCAUCAUUUGUAAAUGGAAACAGGCAAUUUUUGUGAAUGAAGCGCAGUCUAUAAUAAGUAGCACUGUCAGUCGAUUUAUAUUUUUAAUCGCGAUUAAUCGCAUACUUUUCGCAGUAAAUCACGAUUAAUCAGAUUUUGAAAGUGCUGAAAUUUGACUCUAAAUAUACUUCUUUUUCUGUCAAAAUGCAUUUAUUUCUUAGGAAAUAAAACAAAAUGAAUGAAGGUUAUAUUUAUAUAGCGCAUUUCUGACACAACACUCAAAGUGCUUUACAUACUGAAGAGGGGACGGAUGAUGUGACAGCAGCCAAGGGGCACCAGUAUGCUCACCACACACCAGCUGUUGGUGGAGAGGAGAGAAUACAGUGAUGUAGCCAAUUCAGGGAUGGGGAUUAUUAGGAGGCCAUGACUGAUAAGGGCCAAUGGGGUAAUUUGGCCAGGACACCCCUACUCUAUGCGAGACGUGCUCUGGGAUUUUUAAUGACCACUGAUAGUCAGGACGUCGUUUAACGUCUCAUCCGAAGGAUGGUGCCUUUUUGCAGUGUAGUGUCCCUGUCACUAUACUGGGGUGUUAGGACCCACACAAACCGCAGGGUGAGCACCCCCUGCUAGCCUCACUAACACCUCUUCCAGCAGCAAUCUUAGUUUUCCCCAGGACGUCUCCCAUCCUGGUACAGACCAAGCUCAACCCUGCUUAGCUUCAGUGGGUAACCAGUCUAGAGCUCCAGGGUGAUAUGGUUACUGGCCAAAACAAUAUGUAGCAAUAUAAUGCUUUAUUAACAUUUUCCAAACAAAGCCUUUCACAGUAUAAAGAUAGAAAUGCACUAAAAUAGCACCAAUCCAAGUUACAUUAAACAUUUUCCAAAGUCUAAGUGGGAGUUUGACUAACUGAAAGAACUAUUCCCCACAUAGUUUGCAUAUUCAUUCCAGUGGGCAUUGCAUUUCUUAAACUUUCAUCCUCCACAAUAUGAAUCAGCACGCAAACUGUGGCUAUCCACUUUGUUACAGUAAUAAUGAAGCCGCGUUCAUGAUUUGCGUCAGGGCAUCAGCACCAGCGUCAAGCGCAUCUUUGAACUCCACAUGAAGAGCGUUUGCAGACAAAAAUGACUCAUUCUGCAUUUUGGUGAUGGUUAAGACUUGACAUGCUUCUGUGGUAAUUAAAAUGUGCCUUACUUAGGCUGAAAAAUACUUGAUUUAUGUCACAAGUUCCAUCUGGGCUUUUUUUUUUUUUUUUUUUUUUUUUUAACAAAUAGCGUUUAGAGCUUCUUUCCCCAUUGCUUUAUUACUGUUUGUUUUACAUGCAUUGCGAAUGCAACUCUGCAGUUUCACGGUAUUUUGACAUUAUAAUUCCAGAUAUACAUUACCAUACAAAAUAAAGGGCAUGCAGCGACGUUGUGACUUCAGGUGCAUUGUCCUGUGUACUCAUAAUAAUUCAGUACAGUCUCAGAAAUGGUGCUUGAACAAGAAGUUUGGCACAUUGAUUAACAAGGAAAAUUAAAAAUGGCACUUCAUGUAAAAAAGGUUGCCGACCCCUGCCCUAGCUGGGGGUGAAAACUGCUAGGCCUGUGGGUGCAAUCUGGGGCAGAGCUACUGUGAUGUGGUUCUUUGCUAUGGGUGGUUGAGUAGGACUUGGUUAUGGGUACAGAUUAAAGUUUAGAUUGUAAUUUGUACUGCAGUGGAAUCCUCAGUGUUGGAGGUGAUAGAAAACUCUACAUGAUCCUUGGAUGUUCUUCAGGAUAGCAGUAGUGAACCUACUGUAAUUCCCAAAGUUGAAGAGGAGUCACAGGGGAAUGACUAUGAAAGAUGGCUUAGACCGCCAUACAGAACAUUUAACUGACCAACUGCUAAUGGACCUGCCAUCAUUGUUUGUUCACAUCAAAGCAUAAUUACAGUGCUUGCAAGGCAGAACUGUAUUGAUAUCUUCAAACAUUCUGGUUAGGCUUUUUUCUAAACCUAUAACCCUAAGUGCUAAGCUUAAGCUAUAGUUUAUUCAGACGAACAGACUCUAUUUAAACUUUAUUUGUAGCUAACUUCAGCCGUAGAUGUGCUAUUUAUUUUUUUGUCAAUUUUAUACUUUUUAAGAAAUGUAAAAAUCUCUCAUCGACUUACAUUAAAAGAAUGUUGACAACAAACAUGUCAUCCUAAUAUUUGCACUCUGAACUGCGAUUGGUCUUCUUUAUUACACCUAUUUGCGAACUGAAUUGUGAUUGGUCUUGAUGAGGCCCAUACAUGUGCAUUCCGCAAAAAGCUCUGCAGAUUUCCGCAGAACUCCGUAUAUUUGUGUUCUACUGAUUCCCUACCCCUCGCCUGUUAGUUUAUUCAAUAUUUGGCAAAUUUGAUUAUACUUUUAGGUCUCAGUAAGACUCUCAGCUCCAUUUAGCACAUUUUACUAUGUUUAAAUCCAUUUAGCAGAAUUCUGCAGAUUUCCUCACUAAAUCAGCGCAAAAAAAUAUGAAAAAAGGGCAACACUUUACAUUAACACAACAUUGUUUAUAAAUGGGAUUAUUAAUGACUAUGUCAUUUACAAAUGCAUUAUAAAUCACUGAUAUGCAGUUAUAACAAUGUUAAUAAAACAAUUUCAUGCAAUACUUGCCAAAUUGUGAGCAUUUUAACUUACAUGUUAUAAAUGCUUAAUAAAUACAAUUAUUAAUAUUGACAUUAAUCAAAAUGCAUCAAAAAGAGUUUACGAUAGUGAGAUUAAAAGUAGGGAUUAUGUCAGUUCACUACAGUCUGGUUUGUGUUUAUAUUCAUUACAGUAAUGUCUUUACUGACUUGUGUUAUCACUUUGAUUGUCACGUUGAUAUUAAAAGAGUCCUAUAGUUACCUAAAGUCCACUACAAAAACACUUCUUAGUUCUUCAUAUUCAUUCUCAGCAUAUAUCAUACAAUAAAGCCUGAUGACCAUUAAACCAUACUAAACUUUUUAUACAUAGUUUGCUAAUGUUGAAUAAGUGUUAUUAAGCAUAUAUUACACAAUGUGAGGUAAAUUGGCUCACUAUUUGGCAAGUAUUGCAUGAAAGUCACCCUUUUUACACAUGUAGUUUUAACCGCAUAUUGAUUUAUAAUGCACUUGUAAAUGAAUUAUUAGUGAAUAUGAACCCCCUUUAUAAACUAUUAACAAAGGAAACAUUAAUGUAGUCUUACUAAAAAAAAAAAAGCCUGGUCUUGUCUUCCUUGCAUAUAUUUAACCAUUUAUAAUCGCUGCACAGUGACUAUGUGCUGAUUCUUGCGUGCAGCUGACAGAAAACAAAGAUGCGCAAUGAGCGUCAUGAUAUCAGCAAAUGCAACAAUUAAUUUACAUAAAAACCAAAACCUAAAACCUCAGCUUCAACACUAUUCUGUUGCUGCCUUGCAAGCAUUGGGAUUUCCUUCAGCAAAUGCAAAUCUAGUUGCAAAUGUAUUGUAAUGUUUGCAGUUGCAUUAGCUUUCAAAUGGACAAAUAUGCAAAUAAAAAUAUGCACUGCGUGGUAUAGCUAAAGUAUAAAGUUAAACUUUCAGAAUAACAAGUAGAGGACCAAAGUGCAUGAUCACAUAAUUCUGUUUUAUGAAGGAAUAGAAUGACUGUUUCAUACCAGCAAUGCUGCAAAAUAUUAUGAAUAAUGAAUAUGUUAAAGUAGGGCUGCUGCAGGCUGUUAUGGGAACAGCAUCUGGUCUAAAUGUAGCUUUACAAGAUUACUGAUGCAAAUAUGAGUAACAGAGUAACUGAGCUCAUGAUUUUUGUCCUCAAUGUUUUCAUAUCAUGGAAGCAAUGCUUCAUUAUGGAUAUAUUUGCACUGAUUCAAGUUCAUUUUUAAUCUUUGAACAAUUCGAUCAUUUAAUAAAAUCUGCAUUUCUAAACAUACUUGUUUAUGAAUGAAGUGCUACAGUAUCUGUAUAAUGUAUAUUUUUCGAAUUGUGUGUGGAUGUGACAUUAAAAGUAAGAAGAGUGCAAAGUCAUGUUUAAUAACAAAACA